AUGGGCUACUCCCCUCUGCUCCGUGCUGCCUCACAGGGUGCUCAGGAGGCGGCGGAAGUCCUGCUGGAGAGCGGAUGUGACGUCAACAUGCAGGAUGAGCACGGAAAUGCAGCGAUCCACGAGGCGUGUUGGAACGGCUUCAGUAAGACCGCGGAGACUUUGGUCAAGUAUGACUGUGAUGCCUUCCUUACCAACAAGGCCGGCUUCACAGCCCUCCACCUGGCGGCUCAGAACGGCCACAACGAGAGCUCGCGGGUCCUGCUCUACGCCGGAUGUGACCCGGACCUCAAGAACAACUAUGGAGACACAGCGCUGCACACGGCUGCCAGAUACGGCCAUGCUGGGGUUGCCAGGAUACUCAUCAGCGCCCGCUGCAAACUCAGCGAACAGAACAAGAACGGCGACACUUCUCUUCACAUAGCGUCUGCUUUGAAGAGGAGAAAGAUCGCCAAAAUCCUGGUGGAGUCCGGCAUUGAUGUUGAGCUGCUGAAUAAACAAAACGAGAGUGCUCUUGAUGUGGCCAGACGAAAAGACCACCCUGAGAUUGGGCUCAUCAUCACGACCUAUGCCAAGCCGCGGGUGCCCUCCACCCCCCACCAUCGGCACGGCGAGAAUUUCGGCGUCCACUUCAAAGAGGACAUAGAGAUGGACGAUGGCCCCGUGGUGUGCCCCGAGGACCGGCCGCCCCUCAAGCCAGAGCCCAAGGCAGAGAAACAGGAGAAGGAGAGAAAGUUUUUCUUCUUCAAGAAAAAGAAAAAGGACAAAGACAAGGAGAAGUCCCCAGCAGUCACGCCCACCACCCCCAAUGUCCCCCCUAAGACAGCGCCGGCCUUCCACAGUACUCGAACCCCAGUCCAUGGCUUCUUCUCCCAGUAUGUGCCCCGCGACGGAGUACAGCUCUACCGCGACCUGGCAGGCAACGUCAAACAGGGUCCUAUCGGAUAUGCCCCCGUUUGUCAGUGCGGCCCGUCGCUGAAACGACUAGAGAACACAAUCACAGACACCAAAGACUCGAUCUACAGCCACCUAGACUCCUCACACCAGGCCCUGGCGCAUCGCAUCGAGAACCUGGACAUCCGGACCUCCCAGCAGACGUUUGCCACAAACGCGAUGAUCGACGAACGGUUUGACACGGAGCACCACAACUGCCACGCCCGGAUACGCGAGCGACUCUACGAGGAGAGAAAUGAGACCAAGGCCUUAGUUAAGCGAGCCAACGCCGAUAUGAAAGAAGAGCUGGAGUACUGGCUGAAUGACAAACUGGCGAGCUACGGCCACUGUCUGGAUCACCACCACGACGACUCGGCGCUGCCUCCUCGAAAUCUAUUUUUAGACUUUCCCACCAUGGGUCGGCUUGUGCGUUCCCGAUCUGACGAGACUCUUUCGGCGUCGGAUUACAGCGGGAAACACAGGAAGAAGGAUUUCUACGCCUCUCGCCAAGCGGCCAUGCAGCAGAUCCGUGGGUGGGAGGUGCCUGGUGGGGAGCGGCACAAAUCCAGGAACGUGUUGGAGGGUUCGAAGACGCGUCGGCACGAACGCAAUAACAACACGGCAGCUGGUGCGGAUGAUAAUAAUAAUAACAGUAGUAACACAUUUACGACGCGCGCGUUGGUCCACGCCAGCGGUCCGGACAGGUUAAGAGACGACGGUAACCCCAUCGCGACCCCCCGCACGGGGAGAAGUCAACCGCAGCCGGUGCUGAGCCCAUCUACCAACUCCACCACCUCACCGGGCAGUCAUGGAGGUAACGUUCUCCUCCACCGAUCUGACUCACCGGGCUACAGCUCCGCGGGGUACAGGAGAGAGGCAGGCCUCCUUCAGCAGACGGGGAGAGAGACCCCUCGCAGGGACUCAGCCGAACCUCGUGGCAUUCUAAGGGAGAGAAGCAACUCGCACCACCGAGUGACGUUCUCUCCCGAACAGGCGAAACAGCAACAGCAGCAGCAGCAUUAUUCUCCCCAGCAGCAUUCCUCCUUCCACCGUCUAUCUAGUCCGUCACCUCAAGAUGUUCUCCGGGGCUCCAGCACUCCCAGCAUCCCCUCCAACAAACAUGGCCGCCAGCAGGCUACUAGCAGCAACAGCCCAGACCCCCACAAUACUCCUCCAUAUCACCACCACCUCACACAGCACUCUUCCUCCUCUAAUCAGAAUUUACACGCAGGGGGUCCUCCAAACGUCGAUCCAAAGUCCGGUGAUCAGGGGGGCUCCCGCACACCCCAGCAGUUCUCCGGACGUGGUCGACAGUUGCACAGAGGGGGAGUUGCUGCCCCUGGCCCGGGGAGCGGUCGCGGCUCCCCAAUGUCCCCCCAGCUGACUCGGUACCAAGAUGCGUACGGCGUUCAGUACAGCCGGCCACGGACUCUGUCCACAGACUCAGUCCUCGAGGACAGCGCCAACUGCCAGCACAACAUGGCCAGGAGCAGAAGUGUGGAGAACACUUUAGACAGUGAUGAACGCCGCUCACCCAGCCCCUACGUCUCUGGCUACGUCACAGACUCAGCAUUAAAGCCGUCAUCGGCUUCUAGUCGGGGUGGGGGAAUUUCUCGGUUUUCUCAAGGUCGUUACGGUGUGCGAGAAGCCCACUCUGCCAGCCCGGCCGCCAGACCCACCACCCGCUACCGUCUUCCAGAAACCUCCACGGGCGCCUCUCCCUCGGGAUACGAGACCCGAACCCCUCCCCCCUACAGAAGCUCAGUUCACGAGGGCAGGUUUGGGCUCCGGAAUUUCUCUCCAAGCUCCGGGGAAGCUCCAGGUAAUUUCAACAGAAAUCGAAGCGAGAGCUCGGAUCAAAUUUUGGACUCGAAGUACGGCGGGCAGACCAGAAGUGGCCCAAGUAGCGGAGUAGUGCCUGCCUCGUCGAUGAACUCUUUCGGGAAGGGAGAGCUCACCCGGCCAGGCUUCGCCUACAAGUCAGACCCCAACUUGGCGUCCUCCCCCUCACCUGUGCCGUUCAGCCCCAACAUGAAGGAAUGUCUUCAGCACAGCACAGUGGUCACCCCUAGCGGCUCCCCGACCCCCGCAUACGCCGCGGGGAACAACAAGGAGGACAGCACGUGUAGCAGCAACCAAGAUUCAGGCUACGGCAGUCGUAACCACGGCCGGGGGGUGCGGGUGGGAGGUGGCGGGGGGGACACCAGUGGGGGAACACCGAGCUCUUCCUUCAGCAUGGAACGCAGUAGCGCUUGCAACACGCCCAGUAAUGCCGGCUCGCCGUACACGACACACGCCGAACUCGUGCACCCGCCCAGGAAAAGUUCCAUUAACGAUUCGUAUCAGGCCCCACCGAGCUACGCCUUGCAGCAACAACAACCACCACAACAACAACCACAACAACCACAACAACAACAACCACAGAGUGGCCCCUCCCAGUUUAGAACUGCGGGCAGCAGUAACAAUAUCAGUGGAGAGAAUGUCUCUCGGAGGAAUUCCAGUUCAGACAGGGAUAUUCCUGACUCUAGGCAGGUGACGGACAACUCGAGAACAAGCUCGGGGUACCAGAACAAUCCAGAGUCUUUGUACAAUGCCAGGAGAAAUCCAUACCAGUAUCCACCGCAAUAUCCAUCGUCAAAUUCUCCUGCCCAGCGCGGGUCGUCUGUGAGGUAUGGGGCAAAUCUCCAGAACGAGAGUUCACAACCUCUGGUGUCUCAGGCUCCGAACCCCACCCUCUCAGAACACAGGGGGAGCACCCCACGAACAUCCUCCAUGUUUCCCCCCCAGCCCCAUCAAACCACUCUGCUGAACGGCUCACACACGCCCUCGGGGAAGUACACGGCGUUUCCACCAAAGUCUGUGCUUCACAACGGCUAUGACAGUUCCCCGUCCGUGCGGAGAAGGGGGAGCACUCCGACGUUACAAAACACCUCGACAGAUUCUGCGGGUAGCCGGGCGGCAGCAGCAGGUCUCACUCCGAUGAAGAGUUCCUACAACAACAACAGCUAUUCUCAGUCGGAGAGCCCCAGAUAUAGAACUGACCACAACACAAGCAGCCAAUCAGAGCACAGCUCUCACAAGUCAAACAGUCUCGGUGGCCCGGCGGAGAGAAGCAACGUCCCUCAGUCGACGGUACAGGCCCACGUACAAGGCUGGUACCAGAGGAAGCUGAUAGAAGCGGCACAACGGCUGCGACAGACGCAUGGAUACAACAACAGCCCAGCAGCUUACGACAGACAGAGCCCCGAGUCCUCAGCUUACCCGGCCGGAGGGCCUAACUACGCUGGUGGCAACUCGUACCCCCAACCCCAUCACCAGACAAACGCCACGCCUCAUCACACCAGCGCCAUGUCGCACUCGCCCAUGUCGCACCAGUCAAGUAACUCGCCUUACCCAAACACAGGGGCCAGCACUCCACAGAACAGACAACCACCGCAGAAGUCGCAGCCCGAGCGCGGUGAACAGUACAACCCAGAGACAGUCGCUUGUCUCCGAGACAGAUUUGAGCGCAGCGUUCAGGACACGCCCCCACAAAGUACUUACAACAGACAGAGGGCGCCGCCGCCCGCAAACUCAGCAUAUCACUCCACACCCACUCAGCGGGAGGACAAUGUGUCCUACAGAACUCCGGCCACCGACUCAGCCAUUAACAACAACAGCAGCAGCAGCAGUGAUCAUCAAAAUGUACAUAAUUCAUAUGCCUAUUCCGACGGUCGGUGGGCGGGGAGCAGCAGGGGUUAUAGUGAGGGUUAUAGUGUGAACAAUAAUAGCAGCAGUCAGAGAGGGCAGGCCUCAGGUUACCCAUACAAUGCUGUGAACAUUCGCUACGAUCCUGUCCGAGGGAGCGAUGUUUGAUGGGGAGGAUGGAGAAGUUUUCCGAGAAAGUCGCUGUUGUCACAGACUGUCGAGGGAGUGACGUUUGAAGGUCAUUAUGGAGAAGUUUCCAGAAAGUCACUGUAGUAACAAACUUGUCCACCUACAAAGUCACUGUUAUAACACACUAGGGGUGACUUCACACUGUGAAGGUGGAGAAGUUUCCAGAAAGUCACUGUAGUAACAGACUCGUAUGAUUUGACAAAUCCUAACAGGUGCAAACAUGAAAUAUCCUGACUUGUCUGCUGUCUUGUGUCCUAAUGCAGACUUGACGACAGAUAGUAGUACAGAGACCAAGUGUUGUCUACAAAAAGGGUUUAUGUCAUAUGUCGGUCAAACUUUGACCUUUUGCUCAUGUUCUGAGUGAAAGGUGUUUGGCAACAACAAACAACCAACCCCAAGUUCAAGCACAUGUGUAAGAGUUCAAAGUUCAUCCAGUAAUGGGAAAUAAACUCUUUGGGUAGGCAAAACUUCGUCUCGUGUAUAUUUAGUAUUUAUUGUACUUAUAAAAGUUUCUAAACUGUUCAUAUAUGUAUGUAUAAAUUAUGUACAAAUUGUUACCCCUCUCCCAAAAUGCACAAAAUAAUACUCGGAACAAUCUCACUUCUUCCAACCAAUUGUUUCUUUACUCUGCUGACUGGAUCUACCUGGAGUUCCGAAUCACAGAAACUGUGCAGCAUACUUUUGUGUUCCUCAGAGCCAAAACUGAAACUGAAAACAAAAAUUUUAUACCCGUUCCUGAGAAAACGUGUCUUCAGAAGGCAAGAGAGCAAUCCAAAAGGAAUUAUUAGUCAGCUCAAUAAGAAAACUUGCGUCUUCCUAUUUAAGCUUUGGUAGUUUGUUUCUGUUGUCACAUAUGAUUAAGUAGGGGACAUUUAGGAAGCUAAUUUAAAUUACCUUACCUUACUGACAUUUCCAACACUGAUUGGACCUAGCCACCAGCUACACUUACCAAAUUUUCAACUCGGAACACUGUUGAAUCUUAAAAUCAAAUGUAGACAUGGCUGUCAGCCUGUCUGUCUGGAGCUAUGAGUUACAACAUUCCUUCUAGAAUAGAAAUGUGCUGAUGUGUAACGUGGCCUGUACUGUACACAUUCUGUUGUCAAAUUGCUUCAAACACAACAAGAACUCAUUUUACUCCAUCUGAUCAGUGCCAGCCUUUGUAUUUACAUCUGAAUACUUGCCAUUUCAUAUAAAGUUGUUUUGGGGUUUUUGUGCUGUUAAGCCUUGAAAUGACAUUUUCUUAUAGUAGCAAGUUUUUUUUUUCUUUGAUUAAACACAAUAAUUUGGAUAUAAAGGCAGCGUUCAAUAUUUGCUGAGCUCGUUUGUACUUAUUUAGUCUUGUGUUGUCCUAAGUUUAAUGAGUUUUUAUUUAUGCCCAGUUCACCUAGCCAGCCAUACUUGUAUCUCGUUCAAUACUCGAAACAUACUCUCUGCUUAUUGAGGUAUGACAAAAGUCUGAAGAAAUGCUGUUUGUUCUGAUGUAGGCGACAUGUUCAAAAGUAAGAUUGUGGUUAAUGAAAUCUUACUUAAAUAAAGAUUAGAAUUGUAGUAGUAUUGAGAACCAGUUGUGAAAACAAAAAAGAUCUUUUUGUAUCAGGCUUGGACAAAAGUUUUUCUGUAUGAAUCUUUGUAUUUUUUGUAAUAGCUCAACCUUGAACAAACAGAGACGACUACUGUUAGAUAAUUAGUUAGGAAUUGAUGGUAACUUGUAUCCGAUGGAAAAAGGGGAGCCAGUAACUGUGUCUAUGAUGCCAACUUUCUCAUGCAUUCCCAUGUUGUGUUCAGAUAACCACUAGUUACUUUUCCACAAUUGUAUGAUAAAAUAUCUUAUAUACGUAUACAUAUAUAACACAUCUGUACAUGGUUAGAUUGUAAAUUGCAUCUAUUUAUUUAUUAUGCUUACAUUUAUAAAUAUAUACAAAAUUGAUGUCUUUGGCGUUUCGAUUUAUGAUGUUUUAUAUUUUAGUAAAUAAAAUGUACGACUUUGUGUAUGUAAAUUAUAAAGAUUGUUGUUUUUUAUCUGCUGACCAAUUGUGCCAUCUCUUUUUCUCGUCCUUCUUCCCUGCGUUGGAAUGAAAGAAAAAAAGGAAAGUCGAGUUCAUUUGUGAGGCAUCAUGGUGAAAUCAGGCGCUCGUCAAAA